AUGCUCUCCGCCGCUAAACGUUGUUUCUCCUCCACCCGUUUUAACCCUUACAAGGUCACCGUUCUUGGUGCUGGUGGUGGUAUUGGUCAACCGCUAUCUUUGUUGCUAAAACUUAACCACAAGGUUACUGAUCUAAGACUGUACGACUUGAAAGGUGCCCCAGGUGUUGCUGCCGACUUGUCCCACAUUCCUACCAACUCGGUGGUCAAGGGAUUUGCCCCAGAAGACAGCGGCCUACAAGGCGCCCUAAAGGGCACCGACGUGGUUCUUAUCCCAGCCGGUGUUCCUCGUAAGCCCGGUAUGACCCGUGACGACCUCUUCUCCAUCAACGCCUCGAUCGUGCGUGACUUGGCCAGCGCCGUCGCCGAAAAUGCUCCAGACGCCGCUGUCUUGGUUAUCUCCAACCCAGUCAACUCCACCGUUCCUAUCGUGUCUCAGGUGUUGAAGGGCAAGGGUGUCUACAACCCAAAGAAGCUCUUCGGUGUCACUACGCUAGAUGUCAUCCGUGCGUCCCGUUUCAUCUCCGAGGUCGCCGACACCAACCCUACCCAGGAAAAGGUCAACGUUGUCGGUGGCCACUCCGGCAUCACCAUCAUCCCAUUGCUUUCUCAAACUAAGCACACCAACUUGGAUGCUGCCACCAAGGACGCCCUUAUCAACAGAAUUCAAUUUGGAGGUGACGAAGUGGUCAAAGCCAAGAACGGAGCCGGUUCCGCCACCUUGUCCAUGGCUCAGGCCGGUGCUAGAUUUGCCAACUCUGUGUUGCAAGGUUUGGAUGGCGAAGCCGAUGUGAUCGAAAACGCCUUUGUCGACUCCCCAUUGUACAAGAGUGAAGGUAUUGACUUUUUCGCCUCUCCCGUCAAGUUGGGCCCUCACGGUGUCGAAAAGAUCUACUCUAUCGGAGAAGUUUCUUCUGAAGAAGAGGAACUAUUGGCCAAGUGCAAAGAAACUCUAAAGAAGAACAUCGAAAAGGGUGAGAAGUUCGUCACCCAGGCCUAA